GCGCCGCGGGCCUGCGGGGCGGUUGGGGACCGGAUGGAGCCGGAGCUGUUAUUUCGGAAGGUGUCGGCGCUGCAGGCCUGUGUCCGGGGCUUCUUGGUCCGACGUCAGUUCCAGAGCCUUCGAGCUGAGUAUGAGGCGAUUGUGCGAGAGAUUGAAGGCGACCUGGGCACGAUUCAGUGGACUGAGGGAUGGAUUCCCAGGCCCCGAUUUCUCCCAGAGAAGGCAAAAUCCCAUCAGACCUGGAAAGCAGGAGAGAGGGUAGCAAAUCCAGAGCAAGAACCUGGGAGCCGCAUCCCAUGUAAAGAAGCUGAGAGAGAGGCCAUCUGGGAGGAGAUGGUGCUGAAGAAGUCGGGAGAGCGCUCAGCAAACCCAGGAAGUGAUCUCUGCAGAGAUGACAACCCCUGGCUUCAGGCUGAACAGAGCAGGAAAGCCAGCCAGGAGGAACCCCAAGACACAACAAGGACAGAGAACCCAGAAACCACAGGUCCAGGACCGCUCCACUGCCAGCCUGAGCUUCAGGAGCUCCAAUACCACCGCAGCCACUUGGCCAUGGAACUCCUGUGGCUGCAACAGGCCAUCAAUAGCCGUAAGGAGUACCUAAUUCUCAAACAAACACUGAGUUCCCCAGAGGCAGGCCAGACCAGAGACGAGCCUAGCUUGUGCCCAGACCAUGGAGGACAGGCCUGUGCCAGGGACCGGUCACAAGCAAGCCCACCACUGAAGGACCAGUCCUAUAGAGACAGGAGCUCUGGAGAGCUAGACCAUGCAAAUGACUCCUGCCAGAGGGUCAGAUCACCCCAGAAAUCUUCAGAAAGUCUGGCUACUACACAAAAAACUGCUGGAGCUAAGUGUAGGGAACCAUGCACCAAGAGAGCUGGACCACUGUUGCCCGUACUAUCAAACAGCCAGGCUCUAGGGGACAGGCUCACCAAAGGGCCAGAUGAUGGAGGACAGACCUCUGGAUGGACCUACCUGCAGCAGACAAAACUCCUGGAGGACCAGACCCCUGGAUGCGUCAAGUCUAGGGACCACUGUUCCAGGAAGGCCAGGACACAACUGCCUACACUCUCUGAUGACCCAGAUAUUGAGGAGGAGUCUCCCAGAGACCUAGACCACAAAGAGCCUGACUACCAAAGAGCCAGGCCACAAGAGUUGGGCAUCUCAGAAGACCACAUCAGUUGGGAUGGGACCUUGGCAGAGCCAGAGCAUAGAGGCCUGGAUCUCUGGAGGACUAAAUCACCCAAAGGCCAGAACCCCCACGACAGACGCUCCAGAGGUGGAACCUCUAAUGAGCCUAAUCACAAAGGAUGGAAAAACCAGAGGACCACCAUGGAGAUCAAGGCCACCUGAGAAUCUGUCUUCCACAGGGUCAAACCAUACAGGAGAGAACCAGUAGAGGGGCAUGUCAUGGCAAACAGGACCACCUGGCGAGACGCUGGGGAGCCAGGAAAGGACCAGGUUCCAAAGGGGUUUGCUGUGGAAGGGCCAUGAAGACAGGACCUCAUCCUCUCUCCCUGGUACCAGCUCUGCCUCCUGCUCCUGCCCUGGCCUUUGGUGGCUAGUGGUGCCAAGAGAAGCUGGAGCAGAGAGCUGGCAUAAAUGCAGGGAGAAGGACGAAGAACACCGUUUCAUCCUCUGCCUGUGGCUCAAUCCAAAUUUCUGGAUAAGGAAUUAUCAGGUUUUGCCUGAUAAGGUUUUAUCAGGAAACAUUUGCUGGAAAAAAAAUAGGAGUUAUCUGGGGAAAAUGGACUGGGA